AUGGGUUUUGAUGGAAGGUGGAUUAAGCUGAUAAUGACAUGUGUUACCACUGUAUCAUACACUGUGAUGGUCAAUGGCGUGAGUGGAGGCCAGGUGCAACCAACAAGGGGUCUCAGACAGGGAGAUCCACUUUCACCUUUCUUAUUUAUUAUUUGUGCUGAAGGUUUAUCCAUGCUUUUGCAGAAAGAGCAGGCAGAAGCUAUGGUGGUUAAGCGGUGUUUGGAGAGGUAUGGGGAAUUAUCUGGUCAGUUGGUAAACUAUAGUAAAUCUAAUAUAUGCUAUAGGAGAAAUAAAAGGGCUGUUUUCUCUUAUAUAGAAGAAAAAAUCAGACAAAGAGUUUUCUCGUGGAACAAGAAAUUGUUAUCACAGGCUGGCAAAGAGGUGCUUUUGAAAAGUGUGGCUCAGUCUAUGCCCACAUUUUCAAUGAGUGUUUUUUUGCUCCCUGAAUCAGUUUGCGAGUCGGUACAAAGGGCCAUGAAUAGGUAUUGGUGGGGGAAAGGGCCAGACAGAGGAAUCCACUGGAAAGCAUGGAACAAAUUGUGUAUUCCUAAAAAGUUUGGUGGAUUGGGGUUUAAAGAUCUGAGGAAUUUUAAUCUGGCAAUGUUGGGUAAACAGGCAUGGCGUUUCUUAACAAAUCCAGGAUCUCUGCCAGCACGAAUAUAUAAAGCAAGAUAUUUCCCUAAAACUUCUUUUGUUGAUGCAACGAUGGGAAAUAAUCCCAGUUUUUGUUGGCGAAGUAUUAUGGCUGCUCAUGAUUUUGUUGUUGCCCACGUCUGCAGGAGAAUUGGAAAUGGCCAGGAGACUUUGAUAUGGGGUCAUCCGUGGUUGCAGGAUAAUCCUAGUCCACUGGUUCAAACAGUAAUGCCUGAACCAUUAAGAGAUGCAGUUGUUGCAGGUUUAAUAGAUCAGCAAACAAAAACAUGGGACCCUCAUAUUUUAACAGAUUUAUUUGAGCCUGAGGAUGUGGAUCGUAUUUUGAGAAUACCUGUGAGCCCAGACUAUAAAGACACAUGGUAUUGGCAUAAUGAUGCGAAUGGUUGUUACACUGUAAAAGAUGCUUAUAGGCGUCUAAUGGGAGAAUUUAAUCACACCUUGGGAGAAUUUGAUAGAUGGAUUACAUUGUGGAAGUUGAAAGUCCCCCCUAAGUGGAAAACUUUUUUAUGGAGAGCAGUGUGUGAUAUACUCCCAACCACAACAAAUUUGAUUAUAAAGAGGGUAGAUGUGAACCCAACAUGCAUGUUGUGUGGUCUUACAAAUGAGAAUGUUAUGCACUCAUUAGUUUUAUGUGAUUAUUCUAGAGCCGUGUGGAAUAUUUCGGGAUUGCCUAUUAUGAAUAUUUCUUCAACAUCUUUCCCGAACUGGCUUAUGACUGUUAUGGAUAUGCUCACAGGAGAACAGGUCAGACGUGUUGUGGGGGUCCUCUAUUUUUUAUGGAUGGCCAGAAACGAGGCGGUCUGGCAACAUGCGGUACGGAGGCCGGAGGUGGUGUGGCGCCGUGCAGCUGCGGGGGAGGCGAGCUACACGGCACUUCAUUCUCGUCCAGAAGCGGCACCGGCCGGCGAGGUGCAGACAGUGGCAGCCGGGCGGACGACGUGCUACGUCGACGCCGGAUACGAUCCGGGGACGGGAGAUGCAACCUAUGGGGCGGUCUUACUCGAUCCGAAUGGUUUGUUCAAAGCAGCGGCAAACGGAAAACUCCCGGGGUGUUUAACUCCUCUUAUGGCAGAAGCACUAGCAUGCAAGGAAGCCUUGUCCUGGCUUAAAGACCGAAACGAGAACGAGGUCGAUAUUCUUACAGAUUGUCUUGUCUUCAGGAAUGCGGUUCAUGCAGUAACUACACCGAACUUAUCUUAUGUUGGAAUUGUGAUUGAGCAGUGCAGGAUAGCUAUUAAUAGUUUCGUUUUUUGUUCGCUUAGUUUUAUUCCAAGAACUCUAAAUUUACAUGCGCAUACUCUUGCUAGAUUAGCCCAUGAUCAGGAUCAUUCUAUGUACUGGGAUUUAAUCCCUCCUGACUCUAUCAUUCAAUUUUUGAAUUAA